AUGUUGAGAUGGGACCAAGUUCCUCCUGCUGUGGAUAUCGAUGCUGAUAGGGAUCUUGUCCAUGGUCUUCCCCAAAUCUUAUUACUCCUCCACUCUCUUCUUCUCUGCAGGUCCUUAUGGAACCUUCUGAACUCUGUCUCCUUCUGGUUUGCUGCCGAACUCAGCUUCUUCUACUGCAUCAAAAUCGCCAUCUUCACCCACCCGGUCUUCCCCUGGCUGAAGCAGAAGAUAUUGUGGUUAGUGGCCUUGAUCCUAAUGGGCUACAUGUUGGUUUCCUGCGCCUCCGCUCUCCCCUUAAUCAUCCAUGACAGCACGCCUGCCACCUGGAGGAAUGACUCAGGGCCCAGCACUGAGACUGAAGAGAAGACUUUCCAUUCACACUAUGCCCUGUCUAUGAUGUUUAUCCCACUGUGUGUCCCAUUCCUCCUGCUCCUCAUCUCCUCUGUCCUGCUGACCACCUCCCUCCGGAGACACCUACGAGCCAUCCAGUACCACGCCCUCGCCUGCAGGACUGCAGCACCAAGGCUCAUGCACGUGCACUCACGACGCUGGCCUCCUUCCUCUUCUUCUAUGUUUGGUACUUCAUCUCUCUGGUCUGUACCUUGACUGUAAUCACUGAGAGGAACUGGUCCUGGGUGUGGCUAAUCCAGAUGGUGAUUUUCUUGUGAGGUGCCACCCGUUCCUGCUGAUCUGGAGGAACCCCAAAAUGCGGGGUGUCUUGGAGAGGGGGCUGCAGCGAGUCCUGACCUGCCUGACCACAUGUGGGGCAGCAAAAAUCCCUCCCGACUAAGGCCAAGUCCUGUGGAAAUUUUGCAAAUUUGACAGUGUUCCACCUAGAUUGCUCAUAAUCAUAAUUUGCUGUUAGGCAAUGGG